AUGGACCUUCUAAACCUAGCACGAUCGAGCAAACCUCUCCGUGAUAUCCUCUUGAGCCGCUCGUUAGUUACAGCGUGGAAGAAGGCUCGUUCGAAUGUCAAGGAUCUGCCGGAUUGUCCUCCUGACCUUGACGAGCCGGGCUAUGCUAAUCUGUUAUUCUUGCCACAUUGCCAUUUUUGUUUCAACGCGAAGGUGUUCAAACCUAUGUGGCGUAGUCGGGUUCGAUGUUGCAAGGCUUGUUUUGACAGCAAUUUCGUGGACAUGUCUGGUGCUCUUCGCUUUCUCUAUCCUCAUGCAGCAGAGACUGAGCGACCGCAGUCCCUACAAAUAAUUGCGGGAGACAUAUACAAUCAUCGCCGGAACUACUUAAAAGCACGAGUUGCGGUACUACGGUCCUGUCUACAGGAUGUUGGCAAUAACGAGGAGAAGUCUCGAGCCUUCGAAGAACAGAUGAUAGAGUCUAGUAAGGCUGUUGAGAUGCAUGCGCGCCUCCUAGAGAAAUGGCAUUAUGACCAGGGCAUUAUUCGCGCGAAGGAGCGUGAUGAUAUACGCACGAAACGUUGUGAAGCGAUCAUACAGAAGCUUCAAGAGCUAGGCUAUGGUGAUGAUCUCAAAACAAUGGAUCGAGAUAUGGUCCGUGCAUUUUUCAAUCAUCAAAAGGUGAAGCAGCCGAAGCAGCUGACGGAACGAGUGUGGGAAAACAUCAAAGAAGACAUUCUUCAGUUCGUACUUCAUGCAAGGGCCGUUCACCUCUCCAAAAGCCGCUGCGAGCGUCUCAUCAUGCAAAUCCAAGCGGCGGCAAAGUUUUAUAUGACAUUUAUACUUCGCCGCCCUCACACAGAAUUACUGCCGUCAUUUGGUGACUUCUGCAUGAUGCCCGAAGUUCUGGCUAUUCUUGGUCGGCCAUCUAUAGGUCUGGCGAAAAGCUUCGAAGACUUAUCCCCCCUGCUCGUUGAGUUAUCGGACCGAUGGCACUUGGAGUGCUCUUUCAAACUCAUGACACUCUUACCAGCCUCUGUGAAACAGAUGAACGCAGAAGACAUAUCCCCUCUGGGAUUAGCGACAACGUGGUUUUUCUGCAGCUCUUGUCAGAAUCUUGUUGGGUUCCCAAGGAUCCUCAUCCAUGCGUGUAUGAACAAGUGCACCAUGAAUGGCGAUGGCGCUCUUGACCUCACGUAUACUCACCAGGCUGAUGUGAUGAACACGGUCCACUUGCUUUUCGGCGAGCAACCGUGGCACAUUGUUACGGGCUCCCUCAGAUUCCACCAGGUCUCCUGCUCCACUAUCACAAAUAUUACCAUGAUAUGUGGGAAGAAUCCAGCUGUUGUCACGGCUCGCGAGAUGGAUGAGCUGGAUGCCAGAUUCAUUUGUCUCAAACCGAGAUGCAUGACUCAUGGUCAUGUUUGUGUUGUCACGUGGAGGACCGCUGUACUGCAUGAGAAGAUAUUCCACCCAGAGGGGGGAACUUCAUGGAGCAUCUUGAAUACUGAGGACAUCACAAUGAAGCGAUCCUGCAACACUACACUCGGCAUGACAUUGAACACCCGCGAGAAGGACAUGACUAUAUCUUACACCAUGACACAGAUCCUCAUCCUUGCCUACCUAUCCAUGUGCCAUUGGACUACCUUGGUGCGAAGGCUCCUGUCGGUCUAG